AAAAUAAAAAAAGGAGACGAGACGAGACGAGACGAGAAGAGAAGCAACACAAGGAUAGCUCCACGCAAUCGAAUCCCCUUCGUUUUUUCUCUUCAAUCCCCCAAAACCCGAGUUCUGCAUCAAAACCCCAUUCUUCACCUUUCUUCAUACGACCCAUCCCUUUUUUUUCUUUCCGCCUUUUUACAACGAAAUUUCAGUUGGGUACCUGUAAAAAUCCUCUCCUCGAUGGUUUUCGACCGUCUGGUGGCUUAAUUUCACCCCAGAUUUUGCGGAUUCCUGGAUAAUAACUGAAUCAAGCUGAUGAGAUGUGCAUGGUGUCACAUGCUUUAAGGAGCUGAGUUAACAACCAUUGAGAUCUUCAUUUGCAACUUUGCGAUAUUGAUCUUCUCUUUCUACAAAGCCUGUCACUAACCAUAAUCAUGGAAAGCUCACUGUCUUAAACAUUCAAACAAUCAGUUUGGGGAUGGACUGGUUACUUUUGCAUGGUCUGAGAUUUUACAAAUGAUGUCCAGUGGCCAAAAAGGUGUAAAUGUCCCCAACAUAUUCAAAUGGAGAUGGCGUGGCGAAUCAUCACUAACCACUGGAUUGCUUAAUAAUGUGCCUCCUGAGAUUGAACUGUCUGGUUAUCACCAGCUGCCGAGUUCUGGAAGUGAGAGUCCUUCCGGGCUGCUUAAUGGUGAAAGCUUGAAAGUUGAACCUAUCGCCGAUCUAGAUCUAUUCUUCGAAAAGCUGUAUAAUUACCACUGUGAAAAUGGGCUCUGGUGCAUUAUCAUCAAGUGGAUAGUUGAGCUUCUCAGUCUUGGAUUUGCAAUUUGUUUUUCUGGGUUUAUCCUAUUAUUUGUUGAUUGGCAUGGCCUGCUCAAUGCGAAGUGUGGAAUGGAUGCAGUUGAGUCGGGAAUUAAACCCUGUGAUCUGGUCAAGGAGGCUCUUCAUAUGCACCCAUUAGUUCCUUUCACAUUUCCUAAAGCAAUUAUUGUUGGGUAUCUGGGAAUAUUUUCUAUCUAUUGGAUCUUUUGCUUCUUGAGGUUUUUUGCACAGUUGAAAGACACAUUGGAGGUUCGUCGUUUCUAUUAUAACAGUCUCAAUAUUACAGACUGUGAAGUUCAAAACACACCAUGGGCAGAAAUUUUAGAAAAGGUUGUUCAUAUACAAAGCUCACAACAGUUAUGUGUCGUGAAGGAUCUCUCUGCACAUGAUAUGGUAAUGCGUAUAAUGAGAAAAGAGAACUACUUGAUUGGGAUGCUCAACAAAGGUGUGCUUGCUUUGCCGAUCCCUCAGUGGCUCCCUGGAGCUGGUCCUGUCGUCAACUCUAGGGCAAAUGGAAGGAAACAACGUCUGUAUUUAACAAAGACUCUUGAAUGGACCUUAAAUUGGUGCAUACUGCAGAGCAUGUUUGACAGAAACUUCUGCAUUCGGAGGGACUUCAUCAGUAACCCAUCAUCAUUGAAGAAGAGGCUUAUGGCUGUUGGGAUUGGAAUGCUUCUCAUUUCUCCGUUUCUUGUUAUUUUUAUGCUGGUAUAUCUCUUCUUGAGGCAUGCUGAACACUUCUAUAAACAUCCAAGCAUAGCAUGGUCUCGACGGUGGUCUAACUUAUCUAUGUGGCUUUUUCGAGAAUUCAAUGAGGUUGACUAUUUGUUCAGACACCGGAUCAACAGCAGCAUAGUGCAUGCUGAUGAUUAUCUAAAGCAAUUCCGUUCUCCUAUUGUUACAUUAAUUGCGAAAUUCAUCUCUUUUGUUUCUGGUGGCCUUGCUGCUGUUCUGCUCAUCAUUGCACUCCUUGAAGAAUCUCUGCUAGAGGGUCAUAUAUUUGGUCACAGCUUGCUUUGGUAUGGUGCUGUUUUUGGAGGUGUGACGACCAUCAGUAGGGCUGCUGUGAUUGAUGAGAUUCAGGUCCCUGAUCCAGAAGGGGCAAUGUCUCUUGUUGUUCAGCACACGCAUUAUAUGCCAAAGAGAUGGCGUGGUAAAGAAAACAAUGAUAUGGUCCGGACAGAGUUUGAAACCUUAUUUCAGUACACUGGCAUGAUGUUGCUUGAGGAGAUGGCAUCAAUUUUUCUCACCCCAUACCUGCUUCUAUUCAUUGUGCCGAAGCGUGUUGAUGACGUUUUGCAGUUCAUUUCGGAUUUCACAGUGGAUGUCGAAGGUGUCGGCAAUGUUUGCAGCUUAAGCAUCUUUGAUUUUCAAAGCCAUGGGAAUAGCAAAUAUGGUUCACCAUAUAAUGCUGCACGCAACAGGAGGAGCUCUCAAGGGAAAAUGGAGAAAUCGUUCUUAAGCUUCCAGAGCAGCUACCUGAGCUGGGAACCAAAUCCUCAGGGAAAGCAAUUCCUAUCCAGUCUUUGGAAUUUCAGAGAGCAGCAAAUGCAUUUCCAAGAAUCCCAACAAGUAUAUUCACCCAGACCAACAUGGCUUCCAACUCCAAAUCCGAGGGCCGAAGGUGAAAUACACCGCUUCACGUCAAGGGAUGUGCUUUAUAAUAGGGUGGGCAAUCCUCGGAUGGCUCACCAGCUGGGUGCCCUGUGGUCAAUAGACGGCGAUCGAAAGAAUCCCCCUUAUUUGCUCGAUUGGUAUUACACGACCCACCAAGCUCGCGCGGCCAAUGAUUCUCCACCCUCUGAAGUGGGCUAUGACCUGACUGGAGACUACUGUAUUCAAAUUGAUGGUUCGGAGAUCAAGCCAAGGUUCGAAGAGAACUGGGGCUUCCAGGUUGAGGAUCGGCUGCGGAGUCAUAUGGAAGCAUCCACAUCAAACCCCAUCUUCCGGGAGAGCGUGUUUCAGCAUCGUGAUUUGGGUAAUCCAGGACACCCCUCUGAGAGCCGCUGGUGGGCCCGCAGUGGCCCCAAGCCAACUGAUCCCCACAGCAGUUUCAUCGAUCCUCCUAGUUUCGGGUACCAUGAUUCAAACCAGCCUUACGACCACUUCUCAGAUAGAAGUGCAGAGGAGCAAGAGGGAGGUGUGGACUGGAGGAGCCAUUCCAUGCGCACAGAGGAGCAAGACGGAGGUGUGGACAGGAGGAGCCAUUCCAUGCUUUGUAGAACGAUGUACACAAACGACUGUGAAAAUGAUGGACUGUUCAAUCUACCGUUCAAUGAUAUCUACAGUGGGCCGCCGCCGAAGGGCCUUCAUAUAAGAACGGAGUCUGCAAGCAACGAUCGGUAGCAGUAGCGGUUUAUAUUCCUUUGGAUCCAUGUGUGGCCAUUUCCAUUCGCCUUUGGAAUACAUUGCUCCAGGAAUGCAUGUGGGAUUCCAAGGUGGCCCACCUUGGCUGUAAAUUUCAGUGGGGCCCAUUUACAGGCAGGUAGGUUAGCAUUCUUUUGUACAGAAAUUUACAUAGAAUUAAAAGGAUUAUUGUUUUUAAUGGGAAUUAUACAGCUAUUGAUGUCCAUAGCCUAAGGGUGCAGUGAAGAUGUUCCCAACUGUAACACAAUGAUUAUUCAUCACAAGUUUAUUCUUCCA